CGCCUGCUGCCCCACGCUCUCCUCGCUCACGGACCAGCUCUCCUCUCCGGUUUACUCAUUCACAUCGGUGAGCGAUAGACUUCUUCCACACAGGACUAGUAGGAGUCGCUGGACUAGGAGGCAGGACCGACUCGCUCGCUCUCACCGGAGGCUGUGUGUGGCUGCCAAGCAACAUGUUACCAAAACGGCGACCCCGCUCUGCUGACUUGACGGGGAUACCGGGGAUGCCGACAGGGACGGUGCUCGGCGGUUCGGCGGGACUGAAGUGGCUCUCCUGUUGGAUUCUGAUGUCAGCGAUGUGUUUCCACCACGUAGCAGCACAAGAUGACGUUCCUCCCUACUUUAAGAUGGAGCCGGUCCAGACCCAGGUUCAUCUGGAGCGUAACAGACUGGUUCUUACCUGUAUGGCUGAGGGCAGCUGGCCUCUGGAGUUUAAAUGGCUCUACAACGCCACUGAGCUCACGCGCUUCUCUCUGGAGUACAGGUACCUGAUCCCGUCUCUGGACCGCUCCCAUGCUGGUUUCUACAGAUGCAUCGUCAGGAACAGAGUAGGAGCCAUCAUGCAGAGCAGCACUGAAGUACAGGUCGCCUAUAUGGGUGAUUUUGUGGAGGGGGAGCGUUCCCAGACUGUGUCCCAGGGAGAGGCUGCUCUGAUCCAGGCUCCACGCAUCCACAGCUUCCCACGACCACAGAUUACCUGGUUCAGGGACGGACGCAAGAUACCCGCCAGCAGCCGCAUAGCCAUCACCCUGGACAACACUCUGGUCAUCCUGUCCAGUGUGGCUCCUGAUGCUGGACGGUACUACACACAGGCUGUCAACGACAAGAACGGAGAGAACAAAACCAGCCAUCCUAUCCUACUGACUGUGGAGAACGUGGGGGGGCCUGUGGACCCCAUCACCCCCACCAUCAUCAUCCCUCCUAAGAACACCAGUGUGAACGCGGGGAGGAAUGAUGUCAUUAUGGAGUGUGUGGCCAAUGCUAGACCUCUGAUCAAGAUGGUUAUAACCUGGCGUAAGGAUGGUGUAGUGGUCAGUACAGGGAUACGUGACUUUGGCCGCAGGCUGACCAUCAGCCUCCCAGCGGUCAGUGACAGUGGUUACUAUGAAUGUGAGGCCACCCUCCGCAGCAGCACUGUGCCUCCGGUCAACGCAGGGGCCUACCUACAUGUUCUAGACCAUCCCCAGUUUGUGAAGGAGCCUGUCCAACACAUCAGUGCAGAGAUGGAGAAGGUGGUGGAUAUCCCCUGCCAGGCACGAGGUGUCCCCCAGCCAGACAUAGUGUGGUAUAAGGAUGCUGUGGUCAUCAGUCCAGUGAAGAUGCCCAGGUACAGGGUGUUAGUUGGGGGCAGUCUGCAGAUCAACGGUCUGUUACCGGACGAUACAGGCAUGUUCCAGUGCUUCGCCCGCAACCUGGCUGGAGAGAUACAGACCAACACCUACCUCGCUGUCACCAGUAUUGCCCCCAACAUCACGGCAGGUCCAGCUGACAGUGCUGUGAUUGACGGCAUGUCAGUCAUCCUCCACUGUGAGACCAGCGGAGCCCCGCGACCAGCUAUCACCUGGCAGAAAGGUGAACGUGUGUUGGCCAGUGGUUCUGUCCAGCUGCCCAGGUUCACCCUGCUGGAGUCAGGCAGUCUACUGGUCUCCCCGUCUCACCUUUCUGAUGCUGGGACUUAUACCUGCAUGGCCAGCAACUCCAGAGGCAUAGACGAGGCUGCCGCAGAUCUACUGGUGUGGGCACGGACCCGUAUCACCAAGCCACCUGCAGACCAGAGUGUCAUCAAGGGGACCAAGGCUGUCAUGUCUUGUGGGGUGACCCAUGACCCCAGUGUGUCUGUCAGGUAAGGAUGAUGUCAUGUCCUGUGGGGUGACCCAUGACCCCAGUGUGUCUGUCAGGUAAGGAUGAUGUCAUGUCUUGUGGGGUGACCCAUGACCCCAGUGUGUCUGUCAGGUAAGGAUGAUGUCAUGUCCUGUGGGGUGACCCAUGACCCCAGUGUGUCUGUCAGGUAAGGAUGAUGUCAUGUCCUGUGGGGUGACCCAUGACACUAGUGUGUCUGUCAGUUAAUUGGAUGCCAAGCUGACACCUGACUCAGCUCCUCAAAGGCU